AUGGGCACCGUUUACAAGACUCUGGAUGUUAAGAACUCUGGCUUCCGAGAACUCAUCCAAAAUAUACGUGGGAGUCAACAAUCAAUAUGGUUUGUUUUUUUCUCUGUCAAGAAUCGUCUUACUCCCAACCGCUUAUACCAUGUAGGACCUCUCGCCCGUAUUGGUCCUAAUCACCUCUUACUUAGCGAUCCAGAAGCUAUCCGUAAGAUGCUAGCAGCUCGUUCAUUAUACACACGCGGACCGUGGUAUGAUUCUCUGAGAAUUGAUCCGCACAGGGCGAACCUAAUAACCGAGAGAGAUGAGAAGAAACACCGGGUUUUGCGUCAACAAAUGGCAGCGGGAUAUGCCGGAAAUGACGUUGACGAACUCGAGUCGACGAUCAAUGAAAGGAUCGCUGAAUGGAUCUCAUACAUCAGUUGCAACGCAGCUUCAGAUGCCUCGAAAACAGUCAAGUUUGACAUGGCCCGCAGUAUGCAGUACCUCACCACGGAUGUAAUCUCGCACUUAUGCUUUGGGAAACCUUUCGGAUUCGUCAAGACACAUGGCGACGUGUACGGCUUUAUAGCGACUCUAGAAUCCCGCUUACCCUUUAUCGAGAACUUUUCCGUAAUUGUUGAACUAAACCGUGUACUCUCUGCUAUAUGCAGUAUUCCAUUCUUGAAAAAUAGGCUCUUGCCUCAGCCUACGGAUGAAGACGGACUUGGCAAAAUUGUAGGGAUCUCUCGUAAGGUUGUGGACGAGCGCUUUGAACCCGAUGCCGUUCCUCGGAAUGAUAUCCUCGGAUCGUUUCUGAGGAACAAAAUCCCACGCGAACAAGCCGAGUCUGAGAUUACAAUAUCCCUUUUCGCUGGAUCUGAUACCACCGCCACCUCACUCCGUGGUACCAUCCUCCACAUCGCCACCAACCCUCAAGUCUACUCUCGUCUCGUGAAUGAAAUCUCAACCGCUUCCAUGACGGGUAAGAUAUCCAAUCCUAUGGCAAACGAGGAAGCAGCAAACCUGCCUUUCCUCCAAGCUUGCAUCAAAGAAGGACUACGGAUCUUCCCUCCCAUAACAUCUCUGCGAGAACGCGCCGUUCCAGCGGGAGGAGAUACCAUCCUGGGACACUUCGUUCCCGCUGGCACGAAUAUCGGCAUCAACAUGGCGGGCACUCUGCUAAAUGAAGUCUUUGGGCAUGAUGCAGAUGUUUUUAGACCAGACCGAUGGUUUGAAAAAGAUCCUGCGAAAUUGAAUCGGAUGGAAAGAGUUCAUGAGUUGGUUUUUGGUCACGGUGGGACGAGCUGUCUCGGGAUAAAGAUCGCUAAUAUGACGUUGAAUAAGACGCUCGUAGAGUUGUUCCGAAACUAUGAUAUUGCUGUUAUUAAUCCAACAAAUCCUUGGAAGAGCCGAUGUCAUGGUAUAUUCUUCCAGCAAGAUUUCUGGUUGCGAAUUACGUCAAGGGGUGAUCAAGUCUCUGUUUAA